AUGAGUACUUCUAGAUCCUGGAAAGCGCCAGCAGUACUACUCCAAGAUGGAAGAGUCCUAGUCAUUGGUGGAGUUAGUUCAUCCAGCGAUUUGUUUACUCCAGAAAUAUAUGAUCCAUCUACAGAACUGUGGACUAUGACUGGUCGCAUGAAUAAACGGAAAUCUGGUCACACGGCGUCACUACUUCACAAUGGAAAGGUCUUCGUCGCUGGAGGAUUUAGUCUAGAAAGCAACUUCGCGAUGAAUACAGAACUUUGCGAUCCUUCUACCGGAACUUGGACGCCUAGUGGUGUUAUAAACGGCGGAAGGAUUUAUCACACAGCAUCGAUGCUUCCAAAUGGAAAAGUCUUGCUCGCUGAUGGAUGUAACUUUAAUUAUUGUUUAAACACUUCCGAGGUUUGCGACCUAUCUACAGCACGAUGCACAAUGAGUGGCAACAUGACAACUGUGCGAUGGUAUCACACAACAUCGAUAUAUAGCAAUGGAACAGUGUUUGUCACAGGUGGGGCUAACGGUGACAAUAAUACAGAACUUUAUGAUCCAUCUGCAGGAGUCUGGACGCCCGCAGACAGCAUGAGCACAACAAGAACACAACAUACAGCAUCAACUCUCCCUAAUGGAAAAAUCUUAGUGGCCGGUGGGUACAAGUUUGAUUAUACUAAUAAUAAUUAUACUUAUUUUAAUACUCCAGAUAUAUUUACAUGA